AUGGGAUGGGCCAUUUUUGUAUAUGCUAGCACAGACCCUGUUAUUAGAGAAGAACAGUGGUUGAAAUUAUGCAGGGACAAAUCUCAAUGGGGUCACACCUGGUUUUUAGGUGGUGACUUCAAUGACAUUGCUUCAAAUUCUGAAAAAAGGGGGGGAAAUUUCAGAACUCAGGGUAGCCUUAGAGCUUUUAACUCUUUUAUUCAAAAUAUGGGUAUGGAAGACAUCCCCUUCAUAGGCCACCCUUUCACUUGGAGUAAUAAUAGACAAGGUGAUGAUUUUAUUGAGGAAAGGAUUGACAGAGUCUUCUCCUCCCCUAUGUGGGCCUUAACUUUCCCCAAAUCCCAGGUUACUCAUAUCCCUCUUCAUUCCUCAGACCACUGCUUACUUCUUCUGAAUACUGACUGCGAGGAUGUUAAAGCAAAACAAAGAUUUUAUUUUGACUCAAGGUGGGUGUCUAAAGAAGGCUUCUCUGAUACAGUGGCUGAGGCUUGGAAUUUGAAUUCUUUUGGGGUAGAUCUAUACAGCAUUCAAGCCAGAAUCCGAAAUGUCAGAAUUGCAUUGCUGAAGUGGAAAAAAUCAAUGAUCAACCAUUCCAAACAGGAAAUUGAUUUGAUAAAAGCUCAGUUACAUGACCAACAUCUACAGGGUCCUCAUAAAAAUUGGGCAGAGUGGGAAAGCAACAGAAGGAAAUUGCACCAGGCUUAUGCAGAAGAAGAAAGAUUCUGGGCUCAAAAAGCAAGAUGUCUAUGGUUAAAAGAAGGGGACAGAAACACAAAGUACUUUCAAGCUUGUGUCAAGCAAAGAAGGAGAACAAAUAGUAUUGAGGGUCUUCUCAAAAGAGAUGGCAGCAGGUGUCAAAACUCGGCUGAAAUCCUUGAAGAAGUCCAAUCCUAUUUCUCUAAACUGUUCUCAACUUCCAACCCCACUCUAGACUGGUGCUCUCUUGACGGAAUCCCUUGCUCAAUCACUGAAGAAAUGAACAACAGACUAGUGAGGCCUGUGACCAUGGAAGAGCUUAAACAAGCCUUGUGGGAGAUGCACCCAAACAAGGCCCCUGGAAUUGAUGGUAUGUCUCCCCACUUUUUUCAGUCUUCUUGGAAUACUAUUAAGGAUUCUCUAUUUCAUGCUAUCCAACAAUUUUUCUUGACUGGUAAAAUGCCUAAAGCCACUAAUCUCACAGUAAUUACCCUUAUUCCUAAAAAACCGAAUGCUCAAUCUCUUUCUGAAUUUAGACCAAUUAGUCUUUGUACAGUCACUUACAGAAUUAUUUCUAAAAUACUUGCUAAUAGGCUGAAGCAAGUUCUUUCCGUUUGUAUCAGUCCUCAUCAAGCUGCUUUUGUCCCCGGUAGGCAGCUUAUUGAUAAUUUUGUUAUAGCCAAUGAAUGUAUUCACCUUUUGAAUAGCAAAAGAAAAGGUAAAAAUUGUUUUAUGGCCCUUAAACUAGAUAUGAUGAAGGCUUUCGAUAGAGUAGAGUGGAAAUUUCUUGCUGCCAUAUGCAAAAAGAUGGGAUUUUGUUUAAAGUUUGUCUCUUGGAUUCUCUCUUGUAUAUGCACUUCCUCUUUUUCUUUUAAUAUUAUGGGCCAACCUCUUGGUUUGUUGAAACCCUCCAGAGGCCUUCGACAAGGAGAUCCUCUUUCUCCUUAUCUUUUUAUUAUCAUAUCAGAAGCCCUUUCAAAUCUUAUAAAACAUGCUUCUAUUUUGUACUCGUUCCAGGGUAUUAAAAUCAGUAAAAACUCUCCCCCUGUUACUCACCUAUUUUUUGCGGACGACUCUAUCUUUUUCUGUAAAGCAGAUAUCUCCCAUGCUCUUUUAAUUUCUACUAUUCUUAGGCUAUAUGGGCUAGAUUCUGGUCAACAAGUAAAUUUACACAAAUCCUCUAUUUUCUUUUCUAGAAAUACCCCAAAUUCUGUAAAAGCUGAUAUUGUUUCCAUCCUUAAUGGCAUUUCUAUUGUCCACUCUACCAGAUACCUAGGACUGCCCUUAGGGUUAGGCAGAUCCAAAAGGGAUAUUUUCAGUUUUGUUACUAAUAAAGUUAUUCAGAGAUUAUCCUCUUGGAAAAAUAUAUUUUUAAGUGAAGCAGGCAAAGCCAUUUUGUUAAACUCUGUCAUUGGAGCUUUGCCAACUUUUGUUAUGUCAUGUUUCAAGCUUCCCAUUGCAGUUUGUACAGAUAUUUGCAGAUUAUGUGCCUCAUUUUGGUGGGGAUCAGAUGAAAAUGGCAGGAAUAAGAUCCAUUGGGCAUCAUGGCAGAAGCUGACAUUACCUAAAGAAAAUGGUGGACUGGGAUUUAAAUGUCUAACUUCCUUUAAUGAAGCCCUCCUGGCCAAGCAACUAUGGAGACUCAUCACACAGCCUCAACUAUUUAUGAGCAAAGUACUUAAAGGCAAAUAUUUCCCUUCUACCACUCUUUGGGAUGCUCAAUCUAGGCCAUCUGAUUCCUGGCUGUGGAGUUCAUGGCUUAAGGCUAGACAUGUUUUGAAGAACAGGGUCAUCAAAACGGUGGGAAAUGGCAGAGACACAUUGAUUUGGUCCGAACCAUGGAUCCCAAACCUUACAAAUUUCAUUCCAUCAACAGCAUUCCCCUCUGAUUCAUGCAGACUCAAAAAGGUUUGUGAUUUAUUAACAUAUUCUGGCAACUCAUGGGACACUGAUCUUAUUGAACAAUCUUUUAGACCUGAAGAAGCUAGACAUAUCCUAUCCAUCCCUCUUGAUAGAGUUGCCUAUUCUGACAUGUGGAAAUGGAUUCCAGACAAGAAUGGUAAGUUCUCAGUCAAAUCUGCUUACUCCACAAUCCUCAAAGCUAAAAUGUGCUAUGUGCAACAGCCUGAAUCUAGCCGAAAUGGACACAUUGAGAAGAAGAUUUGGAAAUUCACCUGGUCUCUUAAAAUAAAACAGAAAAUAAAAAAUUUUAUCUGGAGAUCCUGGUUUAAUUUUCUUAGCACUCAAGAUCAGUUGAGGAAAAAAUGCAUCAUGGUAGACCCAAUCUGUUGCAUCUGUGGAGAAGCUGAAGAAUCAUUAGAACACAUAUUCUUCCACUGUCCUCGAGCUAUAAAAGUUUGGAAACUGGCAAGACUAGACUGGAGUGGUAUUCAAAGUUUCACUGAUCAAUUUAAAUCUUGGUGGUCAAAAAUCUGUCAUAUCCAAAGGGUGCAGUGUAUACAAGAUAGAGUUCACUUUUCAACCUACAUCCUUUGGUGGCUAUGGAAAACUCGUAACCAUUGGCUCUUUAACAAAGUAUGGAUUUCUGAGGUUGAAAUAGCAAAGAGGGCAUGGCUUGAGUGGAGGGAAUUUGAAGAUGUAUCCAUUACAGCAGCCUGA